ACUCGAUGCAGAGCAAAGCAAAUGAAAACGCGCACGAAACGCGAUUAGCCAAAAAAAAAAAAAAAAGGGACCGUCAUCCAUCGUCAAACUGGAAUGCCAGAUCUCUCGUGCUUCUCCAAAUCUUCGUCCUUCGUCCCUCGUCCCUCGUCCCUGAGAUCUUGAGCUCGUAGUGGUGCUCGCAAUCCCGAUCGAUCUCGAGGCGCGCGCAUCGGAGCCAUGAUUUCGUCGCGGAACAUCAAGUCCAUGGACUUCUACAGGAAAAUUCCUCGAGAUUUGACCGAGGCAUCAAUCUCGGGCGCGGGUCUAUCCAUUAUAGCUGCUCUUGCCAUGAUGUUUUUAUUUGGGAUGGAACUGAGUAAUUAUUUGUCUGUCAGCACCUCUACAUCCGUUAUAGUCGAUAAGAGCACUGACGGGGAAUUUUUACGAAUUGACUUUAAUAUCAGCUUUCCUUCACUCUCCUGUGAAUUUGCAUCGGUUGAUGUGAGUGAUGUGUUGGGAACAAACAGGUUGAAUAUAACCAAAACAGUGCGUAAAUUUUCUAUUGAUCGAAAUAUGAAAAUUACUGGCUCUGAGUUCCACUCUGGUUCAGUUUCACAUGCCAUUAAGCAUGGAGAUGAAGCUGAUGAGGAAUAUGCCGAAGGUUCUGUUCCAUUAACUUCUCAUAAUUUUGAGAGAGUUUCACACCAGUACCCAAUUUUGGUCGUUAAUUUUUAUGCUCCUUGGUGUUCCUGGAGCAAUCGCCUGAAACCAUCGUGGGAGAGGGCUGCUAAGAUAAUAAGAGAGAGAUAUGAUCCAGAAAUCGAUGGACGUAUUCUUUCAGGAAAGGUUGAUUGCACCGAAGAAGGAGAUUUGUGUCGCAGGAAUCACAUACAAGGGUAUCCAUCCAUUCGCAUUUUUCGUAAGGGAACUGAUCUUAGGGAGGACCAUGGACACCAUGAACACGAGUCCUAUUAUGGAGAUCGAGACACAGAGAGCCUGGUUAAGAUGAUGGAACAGCUAAUUGCGCCAAUUCCAGUGGAGUCUGAGAAGCACGCUUCCUCUACUGAUAAUUCAACAGAUAAAAUAAAAAGACCAGCUCCUUCUUCGGGAGGCUGCAGAAUUGAAGGAUUUGUACGGGUAAAGAAGGUCCCUGGCAGCCUUAUCAUCUCAGCUCGUUCAGGAGCCCAUUCUUUUGAUACUUCGGAAAUGAACAUGUCACAUGUCAUAUCACAUCUGUCAUUUGGUAGGAAGAUUUCCCCUAGAGUGAUGAGCGAUGCAAAGAGGUUGAUACCUUAUCUUGGUGGAAGCCACGAUAGACUGAAUGGCCGAGCAUUUAUUAAUCAGCACGAUAUAGGUGCAAAUGUUACUAUUGAACAUUAUCUUCAAAUAGUCAAAACAGAGGUGAUAACUAGAGGAACCCACAAAUUAGUUGAGGAGUACGAGUAUACUGCCCACAGCAGCUUGGUGCAGAGUGUGUACAUACCUGUUGUGAAAUUCCAUUUCGAGCUCUCUCCCAUGCAGGUUUUAAUCACGGAAAACUCGAAGUCCUUUUCGCAUUUCAUCACAAAUGUUUGUGCAAUUAUUGGAGGCAUUUUCACGGUUGCUGGUAUAUUGGACUCGAUUCUUCACAACACAGUUAGAUUGAUGAAAAAAGUGGAGUUAGGCAAAAAUAUUUGACUGAAGUGCAUAAUGUUGUUUAAGCGGAUACUUGCAAUUUUGCCUUGCCAGAUUCAGCUGCGAGUUUUUUUGGCUGAAAAAGAAAACGCUUGUUGCAUGUACGAAUGGUUAUUACAGUUGCUAGUGUAUUGUAGGAGAAUCUGAAGAAAGACUAGUGUCAAAGAAGAGCACAGAUUACUCAUUUGCGUGACUUUUAAAAGAAAACACUUGAGAUCAUUUUAA